UAGAAUUCACUUACUGGUCAAAUGGUCAUUGAUCAGAUGGUCCGACUCAAUCACAGCAGCGUUGUCUGAUCUCUUUACUGCAGUAUUUCACAGUACAGUGUGGUUUAAUGUUAUCUGACGCGGAGUGAGUAUGGACGGAUCUAUCAGAACUCGGAUUAAAAGUCUCCUGCGCUCUCCGUCCAUCAGACUGAGAAAGAGUCGCUCGCGCGUGAGCUUGUCCAGUCAGGUGACUCUGGAGAGAGUUGUGGGCAUCACAGCUUCAGGUAACAGCAGUUUAACCUGUGACCCCUGUUCAGGAACUGUGGCCUACCCGGCCGGAUGUGUUGUGGUGUUGCUGAACCCUUCCAAAAACAGUAAAGAGCAUCUCAUCAAUUCAUCCAGGAAAACGAUUACAGCCGUGUCUUUCUCUUCAGAUGGGAAAUAUCUGGUGACCGGAGAGAGCGGUCAUCUGCCUGCUGUGCGUGUUUGGGAUGUGGAGUGCGGGACACAGGUGGCCGAAUUACAGGAGCACAAAUACGGUGUGUCCUGUGUGACGUUUUCCCCUAACACUAAAUACAUCGUGAGCGUGGGCUCCCAGCAUGACAUGAGCGUCAACCUGUGGGUCUGGAAGAGAAACACACUGGUGGCCACUAACAAGGUGUCCAGUAAUGUGACGGCAGUGGCCUUCUCCGAUGACAGCUCUUAUUUUGUCACGGCUGGAAACCGACACGUCCGAUUCUGGUACCUGGAACCUUCUCGCUCUAACAAGCUGUCGUCAACCGUCCCUCUGAUGGGCCGCUCGGGUCUCCUCGGUGAACUUCAGAACAAUUUCUUUUGUGAUGUGGCAUGUGGCCGCGGGCUGAAGUCAGACAGCACGUUCUGUGUCACCUCAUCAGGUCUGCUGUGUGAGUUUAAUGACAGGAGAGUUCUGGAGAAAUGGGUUCAUCUGCAGACCACCUCAGCGGCGUCUCUGUCUGUGUCGGGGGAUCUGAUCUUCUGCGCGUGUGCAAACGGAACCCUGCGAGUCUUCAGUUCGUCUGAUCUGAGCUUCAUCUGCACGCUGCCACGCCCACAUCACCUGGGUGUCCACAUCACAACUGUUACUCAGACAAGGAAUCCUGAUUUUCAGUAUCCAGACUCUGUGGCCGUGACCUAUGACCAUGUGAACGGCUGGCUGUCGUGUGUGUAUGAUGAUCACAGCUUGUACAUCUGGGACACGAGAGAUCUGCAGAGAGUUCUCAAAGUUCAUUCUGCUCUCUAUCAUUCUGACGGCGUCUGGGAUCUGCAGAUGUUUCCUAAAGACACACACGACUCCAGAUCUCUGCCUGGUUCCUCUGGAAUGUUCUUCAGCUGUUCGUCAGACAGCACUGUGCGAUUGUGGAGAUCAGACAACAUAUUCAACACGUCCAGCAGUAACUUAUUCAGCAGAGACCUUCAUGAAGUCAUCUACAUGAAUGACAACAGCGACGCUCUGCUGGAUGUUGAGGGAACUGCAGUCAGUAGCUCAGAGAAAACAGACGGGCUGUCGUCAGAGAGAAGAAACGCUGUCAGAAGCAUCUGUGUGAGUCCCGAUGGCCGACACCUGGCGUCAGGGGACAGAAGUGGAAUUCUCAGGGUUCAUGACCUGACCUGUUUGAAGGAGAUCCUCAAAGCUGAUGUACAUGAUUCUGAGAUUGUGUGUCUGGAAUACUCCAAACCUCACACAGGCAUGAAUCUUCUGGUGACGGCGAGUCGAGAUCGUUUGAUUCAUGUGCUGGAUGUUGAUAAAGAUUAUAGUCUACUUCAGACCCUGGACGAACACUCUUCAUCUGUCACUGCUGUGCACUUCACUGUCAGUGAUGGAGAAGUGAAGCUGAUCAGUUGUGGAGCAGACAAGAGUUUGUACUUUCACACCGCUUACAGAACCACCAGAGGGACAGAGUUUCUGCGGACGCGUCAUGUGGUUCACAAAACAACAUUCUGUGACAUGACCAUUGACCCCAGCGGGCGGUACGCAGUCGUGGGCUGUCAGGACAGAAGUGUCAGAGUGUUGAACAUCAGCAGUGGGAAACAGAAGAAAUCUUAUAAAGGAUCUGAGAGAGAUGAAGGCCACGUGCUCAAGAUUGAGAUGGAUCCGUCUGGUGUGUAUGUGGCUGUCAGCUGUUCUGAUAAGACCAUCAGUCUCUUUGACUUCAGGACAGGAGAGUGUUUAGCAACGAUGUUCGGUCAUUCAGAAAUCAUCGGCAGUCUGAUGUUCACAGACGACUGUAAAUAUCUGAUCUCAGCCUCAGGUGACAGUUGUAUCUUUGUGUGGCGACUGGCUCCUGAACUGACCAUGAACAUGAGAGAACGUCUGUUUCAGCGCAAACGCCGUCAGACUGUUCAAAACACUUCCUUCAGACGCUCGUCUGGUUUUACAUUAAACGUCACAAGCUGCUACCCUGAGAGUGAAAGAGAUGAAGAGGAAGAGGAUGAAGAACAUGAAAGCCAUCAGAAGAGCUGUCAGCAUCAGUCUGAGAGAAGUGUUGAAGAAGAGCCACGUGCUUGUGUGGAAUGGAACACAGUGAAGGAUUGUGAAGUUCCCCCUCAGCCGAGGAGACGCUGGUCCAGUCGUGUGGGCUCUCUGGAGCUGAUGGUGAAGUCUAUGUUGGAGCUUCGACAGCUGGAUUCUCUGUCUAAAGGCCGAUCUCUGAACAGAGACUUUACAGGAGGACUCCAGCAGCGGAGCAGCACCUCCAGUCUGAAGGACGGGAGUAAGAAGCAGCGAGUGCGACCUCAUUCGGCCUGGCUCGCCCCGGCCUCUACACCUGAACCUGAGGGUGUUGUGCUGUAUUCAGAGGAGUGGCCCAACAGAAUCACUUCACAACAUCUUCACACUCCUGCAGAGGUGUGUCACAGUCUGUCCAGUGGAUUCUGUGUGGGGUACUGCAGCGCUGAAGCUGGUCCAGAUCAACACCAGCACGAUUCAGAUGAACGCUCUGAUGGCAACCACACUGACAGACAGCAGAUCUCUCAGGACGUCUCCAGGAAACAUCAGAUGGUGUCAGGCCGCAGUGAAGCAGGCAUUCAGAACAGACCUGAAGGCGCCUCCACAAGUUUCCACGCACAGAGGUCCAGUCGCAGGACCAGCGCCGCCACCACCAGACCCCCGAUUGACAAAAAUUAUUCUGGAAGCAGUGUGCAAGACGUCAGAGAGCCCGUGAUGAGGUCAUCGCCACAGAGAAACCAUCCUUACCUGAGCCAAAGGAUCAAACAUCCUGUGGCACUCCAGAAAUCUGCUUCAGUUCACAAUCUGAGCACAGACGCACGAAGGUCACUAACACCAACACGUGUGCGAAGAGAAGUGCUGAAGACUGAGUCCAGAGCCCCCCCUCAUCACAUGACCGAGUCUUGGGAAUGUCCAAACCUGAAGAGGAUUUCUAGAGCUCACUCCUACAUGAGCCCCACCACCAGCUCCACGGCCAAAAUCAGCCGCUCUGUGUCUAUAGGUGAUUUGAAGUCCACUUCCUGUGAGAGCUUGUGCUCGUCCACCACCAAUCCAGGUGAAGGAAAGCCCUCAUUUAAAGCAGCUGUGUGUCCGAGGAUGAGCAGUCCGUUUGCUGAGUGGCCCAGCAAAGGUGCCUCAACCCACUUCCACAAAGACUCUUCUGGUAAGUACACAAGCACUGAUCUGGGGUCAGUGAGGACUGCCGGCGAUCCGGAAGCUGUGACCAACCACCACCACAUGUUUUCAGACGCACCUCAGCGGGAGCGCCCUCAAGUGGCCGUCAAAGCCUUCUCUGUACAGUCUGACGCUCCUGCGGUUCAAGAAGUGUCCGUGAGUUUGGAGGAGUGCAGACGGGCUGCUGCUGAACUGCGCACAAGUCUACAAAGAAGCACACAACUCUACAGAACGCUGUUGUCGAGCUCUGCUGAGGGUUGUGUUCAGCAGCAGAAGAUCUUGUGGGACGCUCUGCUCUCUGUGGGUUCUGAACUGGAUUCACUUCGUGCUUCUGGAGUGGGGAUGAUGAUGAUGAUGACGGAGGAGGAUGGAAAGAUGCCGCUGACGUUACUGGAACAAUAUUCAGAACUUCAGCUGCAGUCUGUAGAGAAGAGACUCCAGCACAACAUGUAGUUGUGUGUCAUGUUCUCCAUGUUUCGCCUGUUUUUAGAGCCAAUCAUCAGAAUGAGAGAUUUUAUAUCAAGUUUUAUUUUGCACAUUUCUGAAUGAAUUUAUUUCUGAAACAUUUGAUGUCAUUGACUUGAUUGAUGAAUAUUACUGACAAAAGAAUUGUGUUGAUUUGAUUUCUGUUGUGUUUGUUUUAUUGUCAGUUGACAUGUGUUUGUGUUGUGGAAUACAUGUUGUCAUACGACUGUCAUGAUUUAUGCUUAUGUUUUUUAUGUCUAAUGAACGUGGACACCUUGGUCACUCAUUUCUUUUUAUAUAUUUAUCUAUGGACAUCUUAUUUAUUUGUCUGUUUUUAUUUAUAUUUCAAGGUGAUUGUGUUGCGUGUCAGAAGUUCUCUCACAGAUUUCUUGCACAAUAAACUGAAAUGCGACAAGA